AUGGUGGUGUGUGUUGCGGCGGAUCCGGCCGAAUUAGCGACAUGUUUCUGGGCAUCAUCCGAUUUGACUGCAGGCUGGGCGCUAAAAUCGCAAGCCCGAAUAUUGAAGACUUUAAGACACCCAAAUGUUUUGGCUUAUUUGGAUAGUGUCGAAGCUAUGACAUCUGUUUUGUCAUCGUUUUUUUCGCGUGAUCCAAAAGCAACAUUUCCGUACGAAUUGCCGGAAACCAGUUUUUUCAGCUUCGAUGGCAUAUCGGUUGGUAAAAGCUUCAAAAAGGCGGAUCCGGCCGAAUUAGCAACAUGUUUCUGGGCAUCAUCCGAUUUGACUGCAGGCUGGGCACUAAAAUCGCAAGCCCGAAUAUUGAAAACUUUAAGACAUCCGAAUAUGAACGGUAUGUUUUAUCUGAUCACCGAAGCUUGUGCGCCGUUAAAAACAUACAUAGAUGAGAGCAAAUUAAUUGGCAAACAAAAAAAUUAUGUGGUCUCAUGGGGACUUUUUCAGCUUAUGAAUUGCUUAAAAUUUCUGCAUCAAGAAGCGAAAUUAAGCCAUGAAAAUGUUCGGCAUUCCGUUUAUGUUACAGAAGGUGGUGAUUGGAAACUUGGUGUAUUAGUUCAGUCUUUUUUCUCUAAGAUCGAAGAUCAUUACGUAACUUGGAGUUGCUUAUUUUCAGAGCUUCGGCGUACGGAUGGUUUUUUCAAGAAUCGUUACGUUGAUACAUUGCUGUUUUUGGAUGAAUUUCAACUGAAGGAUGCGCAUGAGAAGCAGAUAUUUUUUACGAAAUUGAAGGAUGAUUUGGAAAUUUUCCCGAGCAACAUUGCGAAGUAUCGAAUUCUUCCGAAAGUGAUACAUAGUUAUGAAUAUGGAGAUGCUGGUUCGUUCGUGCUCGUGCCACUUUUUCAACUGGGACAUCUUCUUGAUGAGGAGGAGUAUCAGCGUCGUGUUGUGCCUUGCCUAUGUAAACUGUUCAGUUCACCGGAUCGAGUAACACGGGUUAAACUGCUUGAGCAUAUCGAUGAAAUUGCUCCUCAUUUAACACCACAAAUUGUUAAUGAAAAGAUUUAUGGAAAUCUUUCGUCUGGUUUUGCGGAUACCAGCCCGGUGGUACGAGAAAGCACAAUCAAAGCUAUCGUGUCGUUGGCCGAUAAGCUGAAUAAUAGCAAUUUGAAUACCGAUUUGAUGCGACAUUUAGCACGAUUACAAGAUCGUGGUUUUUUGAGUAUAUUUUAUAGAAAUCUUUCGUCUGGUUUUGCGGAUACCAGCCCGGUAGUGCGAGAGAGCACAAUCAAAGCCAUCGUAUCGUUGGCCGAUAAGCUGAAUAAUAGCAAUUUGAAUACCGAUUUGAUGCGACAUUUAGCACGUUUACAAGGUAAUUUCGUACAGUAUGAUCUGAACGUGACUAUGAUCAUCCAUGGAUAA